AUGUCUAUCACAUAUAUUCCGAGAGUAACCCAGCUAGAUUCGGUACAAUUGGAUGGACAAGUGGAAGAACUGUUUAAACAAUUAUUAUUCAAUGCCACAAAAUUCCUGGAGCCUGGAAUAUUACAACCAAUUUUACCGGAACUUGAACUUUUACUACGAACUUGGAUAUUUAAGUACUCACUAUGUGAUAAAAACUGUACAUUUGGACAACAAAUGCUGUCCUUAAAAUAUAACAAGAGCAAUAUAUCAAAAAGUAAACUUUAUUGGUACUAUGGCUAUACAGUUGGCUUAAGAUAUCUUAGAGACAGAGCAUUAUAUAGUUUAACAUCAAACAUUAAAGUACAAUUUUUUUUCAACAAAUUGGAAACUUUUCAGUUAUUUGGGGAUAUUUUUAAUUUCCUUAGGUUCAUUCAAACUGGAAAACAUCCUAUAUUAAUAGAUUUCAUCCUUGGUCUUGAAUUGACAGCAGAUAAACUUGCAAGGGAAGAUCUUACUGAUCUUUCAUGGACUCGUGAACUUCUGUGGCAUAAUCUUAUUGAGUUAAUUGGUACAGCAGUCUCAUUGAUAAAUUUAUUUGGAUUAAAGAGAAGAUUAAGCAAUAUCUUGAAGUAUGUUUGGUGGCGUAAGAACGUGCAUGCUAAUAGCAAUUCAGGAUCACCUAUAAUGACAUUAAACACAAUUUGUGCUUACUGUUCUAAUAAACCAGUCCUACCUCAUAUAAUGGGUUGUUCACAUAUUUUCUGCUACUACUGUUUAAUGGCUAACAAAGCUGCUGAUCCAGAUUUCGUAUGUCCAAAAUGUUAUUUUAAUGGGAAAAAUGUCAUUAAAUUUAUUAUGCCAUGA